GCAAUCGUAAAGGGGUCCUCUCUUAGAAUGUCCUGGCAGCGUGUUCAUUCGAUAUGAAAUUUACAUAUGUAUUGGCCGGUUGGGAGGGUUCUGCUUCGGAUGCGAGGGUGCUACACAACGCAAUGACUCGAUCAGAUGAUCUCUUGAUUGUCCCAAACGGAAAAUAUUACGUUGUCGACGCUGGAUACGCUCAUUCACCUGGUUUCAUGGCUCCAUACCGGGGCGUUCGAUAUCACUUACAGGAGUAUCGAACCGGGAGAGCGCCUGCAAACAUGAAGGAGCUGUUUAAUUAUCGACAUGCACAAUUGCGCAAUGCAAUCGAGCGUUGUUUUGGUGUUUUGAAAGGCAGAUUUCUCAUAUUGAAGAGCGCUAUGCAGUAUGAAUUUCAAACACAAGUCCAAAUUGUGAUAGCAUGUUGUGUCCUACACAAUUAUAUACGUACCGAAAAUGAGUCUCGAUUGGACAGCGAUUUCGUUGGUAUAUCUGCAGCCGAUGGGGUGGCUAUCCCGACACCUGUAGAGGUAUCAACUAAUGAUGAGCGUCAAUGGUCCAUUCGAGUAACUCGGCGUGAAAAAGAUGCUUGGAAUCGAGUACGCGAUGACAUUGUAGCUAGAAUGUGGGCAGAUGCUCAGCACAAUAGUAGGAGUUGA